AUGUACAAGUCGAAGUUUCCGAGCCUUCACGGCGAAAUACUUUAUGCCGGUCGACAAUUUGUCUUUGUAGUUGCGCUUGUCUUUCUUUGCCAGAAAAGUGUCUCGGUGCCAGCUCUUCGUCGUGCUGUGGCCAAGUCCAUUCUUCUCGCUUCGUAUUCAAUUCCGGUUGUGUGGCUACUAGUUCACUUGGCACCUAAAGACUUGACGUUGUUUUACUACGUCAGAGUUGUGACGCGUUCGCUGUUGUUAAUUUUCGUGGUGAACGUGUGCUUUAUCAAUCGGCCACCAGGUCGUGCAAAAUCAUCAACACUGCACAAGUACGGUGCGUAUGUUAUCGUAUAUCACAUACUCAUCGUUUUCUCGAGUAUGAUUCAAGUAUACGCACCAAAGUCCAGUACGUAUGGGGCAAUCAUGUACGUCGUGCUUGUCUGGGGCUCGCUCAUACCGCUUGUCAUUUGGAAUUUGCUGCGUGCUGACACUGAAUAUUGGCGGGGUAUGGGACAUCGCGUAUGUGCCCUACAACUAGCUGGCCGACCGUAUUCUCACAUGCAACUGGACGAGUCAAUCUCGUCGAACAGGAUUCACCUCCUCAUCGAAAUGCACAAGGAUUUCGUCAUCGACUUUGCGCACCUCGAGUUACGGCGGAAGAUCGGCAUAGGGUCAAGCGCAACUAUAUUCAGUGGACGACUACAACAGCGAUGUCCUGUUGCCGUGAAAGUUUACACUCCGUAUCGGUUCACAGAGGAAGUUGUGGCUGAGUUCUCACACGAGGCAGCACUCUGCGCCUCAUUGAUUCAUCCGAAUAUUGUCAAGUUCUACGGCAUGUGCGUGUGCCCUCCGACUAUUUGUUUGGUCUCUGAGCUUUGUCAAGGCUCUUUGGAAGACGUACUGUACGCUCAAGCUAUGGCACGAAGCGAACGCCACGAAAAUACUCGUCAUCUGCUUGGCCUUAGCAGUGAAACUGAAGAAGUCGAAAUUCUUAAUCACGAGCAAGUACUUCUCAAUGUGGCGUACAUGCUCGACUGUGCUCGCGCUGUCGCUUAUGUUCAUAGCUUCUCUCCACCAUUUUUGCAUCGUGACAUUAAGCCCGCCAACUUUCUUGUGGACGAAGAAAACAAUGUCAAGCUUACCGAUUUCGGUGACUCCCGACGUUUACCCAGAAAAGGAUCAAAACCUGAACCUGGCGAUGCCACCAAGCGUGGCGUGCCGACAUCAGUAAAAUCAAGUGAUCCUCUUAGCUUUGUGACAAGUGCGCCAGCUUCUCCACCAAUUAAGAUGACAGUGACGGGCACUGUGAAUUACAUGGCUCCAGAGAUGAUCAAUGGUCGUACGGGCCUAGCCAGCUACGGUGAAUCAGCUGAUGUCUAUUCACUAGCCAUCACGUUUUGGGAUAUUUUGCACCCAGGCCGUGAGAAAUACGUCGCCACGAAUCCGAUGUAUGUAUUUGAAGACGUUUUGAAUGGUUGUCGCCCACCAUUGGAUGUCACGGACUUGACAAACUCUGACACGACGAUUGCUAGUAAACUUCGAGAUAUCAUCACUAGGGCAUGGCAUAGUGAUCCAAGCGCCCGACCGACCAUGCCUGAGAUUGUCCGCACGCUUGAAUGCAUUCAAGAAGAACUUAUGUCAGUAUUCGCUCAGGAUCUAAGUGAUGACUUUGAACGACCGGGAAUCGAGUGUCCGGAGAUUCCCAUGGAAACAUGCUUUACCGGUGAGUUUUUAGUCGAGCGGAUGGAUGACAUGUCAUUCAUUAACUCUCGUGGAGAGGGUGUGCGGCUUGGUCGUGCACUCAUGGAUGCCGGUUUCUUGCACCAUCUUCAUCAUGAGAGAGGUUUUGCAGACAGCGAUGCCGUGUAUUUCUUUGAUACUGGCAACACUAACUUCUGCCAACCGCUGGCUAUGCUGGAAGAGGUCACAAAUUUUGAGUCCAACGACGAACCUGUUCCUCAACGAGCACAUUACGAUACAUCUCACACAAUCUUGAAACCCAAGACGUCGAAUCGAUCUAGGCUAUUGUCACACUUGGCGUCUACUUUUUCAGUCAGUGGUCAAAGCAAUUUUUCGGGAGUCAGUAUUGGCAUCGAUGCAGCGACGACAAAUACUUGUGCCUGCCGCUUACGUGGUCAGAGACUUCAUGUGCCUACGAGCAGUGGAAAUUGUUAUCAAAAUGACCCCAACCGACCACAUUAUCGGGUACGACGGAAGAAUCCACGGCAAAUUCAAACUCGAAGGCAUCGAGUGGAAUCGGCGGGUACGAAUAGUUGUUGCAGCACUCGAAGUAGCACGAAUGUGCUUUCUCCAAAGAGGUGGAAACGGAAGACCAAGCAAAAAAGAGAGAACACCCUUUCACACAAACUUCUCAAAGAAGAACAAGUCAUCGACAUUGUUUAG